AUGUUCCCCUGCGGUCUGAGCUGCCUGUCUGUGCUGGGGGCGGCUGGCACCGCUCUCCUGUGCGCCGGCCUCCUGCUCAGCCUGGCCCAGCACCUCUGGACCCUCCGCUGGAUGCUAAGCCGGGACCGGGCCUCCGCCCUGCCCCUGCCCAAGGGCUCUAUGGGCUGGCCCUUCUUCGGCGAGACGCUGCACUGGUUAGUUCAGGGCUCGCGCUUCCACAGCUCCCGCCGGGAGCGCUACGGGACCGUAUUCAAGACACACCUGCUGGGCAGGCCGGUGAUCCGCGUGAGCGGCGCCGAGAAUGUGCGCACAAUACUGCUGGGCGAACACCGCAUUGUGCGCAGCCAGUGGCCACAGAGCGCGCACAUCCUACUGGGCUCGCACACACUGCUCGGCGCGGUUGGCGAGCCACACCGGCAGCGGCGCAAGGUCUACGAUGCUGCCAAAGCCCUAACCUUCCGCAUGGCCGCGCGCAUCCUAUUGGGGCUGCGGCUGGACGAGGCGCAAUGCUCGGAGCUGUCCCGAACCUUCGAGCAGUUUGUGGAGAACCUCUUCUCGCUGCCCUUGGACGUGCCCUUCAGCGGCCUGCGCAAGGGCAUCCGGGCAAGGGACCAGCUACAUCGGCACCUGGAGGAGGCCAUUGCAGAGAAGCUCCAUGAAGACAUGGCUGGGGAGCCAGGUGAUGCCCUGGCCAUGAUUAUCCACAGCACUAGGGAGCUGGGCCAUGAGCUCUCAGUGCAGGAGCUGAAGGAGUCGGCUGUGGAGCUCCUCUUCGCCGCCUUCUUCACCACCGCCAGCGCCAGCACAUCCCUGGUCCUGCUGUUGCUGCAGCACCCGGCGGCCAUCGCCAAGAUCCGGCAGGAGCUGGAGACAUCCCUGGUCAUUGCAUACCAGGAAUCCAGGCACCAUGGGGACUGGGAUUCUGCCCUGGAGGAGAUUAUCAUGGAGAGAAAGGGGGCCGCCCCACAGACACCUCAUCCCAAAUGGGGCUACCAGAUCCCCAAGGGCUGGAGCGUGAUGUAUAGCAUCCGGGACACGCACGAGACGGCCGCGGUGUACCGCAGCCCGCCCGAGGGGUUUGAUCCCGAGCGCUUCGGUGCCUCGGGCGAGGAGGCGCGGGGCGCAUCCGGCCGCUUCCAUUACAUCCCUUUCGCGGUGGAGCUGGUGCGCACGGCGCGCUGGGAACUGGCCACGCCUGCCUUCCCCGCCAUGCAGACCGUGCCCAUCGUGCACCCGGUGGACGGGCUGCGCCUCUUUUUCCACCCGCUCGCGCAUUCGGCAGCGCGAGAUGGGCUCUGCCUCUGAUCCGCUGCGCUGUGGGACACGGUCAGUGGCUUGGCGACACCCAUCUGCGCUUCCCCGGUGCCAGGUCGUGCGCUCUUUAUACUCGUUCAACAAACGGCCACCGAAUGAGGCUCUGUGCGGGACUCUGAGGGAGGGCGAGCGCGAGCCACCGCCACAGCCCCGGAGAAG